AUGAGUUCCGAGGGUGAGAAGGCCCGCAUCUCCGGUGAGAUUGCGCGCGAACCAACCCUUCCUACCGUCAACCCAGCCUCCGAAAAACAAGAAGCUCCCAAGGCUGCUUUGCACCCCGCCGUUUAUGUCGCUACCUGGAUUACCCUCAGCUCUAGUGUGAUUCUGUUCAACAAGCACCUUCUGGACUAUGCCAACUUCCGUUUCCCUAUUAUCCUUACAACAUGGCACUUGACGUUUGCGACUAUAAUGACCCAGAUCCUUGCCCGCUGCACCAAUGUACUUGACGGCCGCAAGACCGUAAAGAUGACUGGUCGUGUCUAUCUGCGAGCUAUUGUCCCCAUUGGCAUCAUGUUUAGCUUGAGCUUGAUCUGCGGUAACAUGACUUAUCUAUAUCUGAGCGUGGCCUUCAUCCAAAUGCUUAAGGCCACCACUCCCGUCGCUGUUCUGUGCGCUACUUGGGGUAUGGGAAUGGCUCCAGUCAACCUGAAAGUCCUCCUGAACGUCUCGAUCAUUGUCCUGGGUGUCAUCAUUGCCUCCUUUGGUGAGAUCAAGUUUGUAUUGGUUGGUUUCCUCUUCCAGCUGGGCGGCAUCGUUUUCGAGGCCACUCGUCUCGUCAUGGUCCAGCGUCUACUGAGCUCUGCCGAGUACAAGAUGGACCCCAUGGUCUCCCUGUACUACUUUGCUCCGAUCUGUGCUGUCAUGAACGGUAUCGUCGCUCUGUUCUUGGAGUUCCCGCGGGUGACCAUGGACCACGUCUAUGGAGUCGGUAUCUGGGUUCUGAUUGCCAACGCCAUGGUAGCUUUCCUUCUGAACGUGUCCGUGGUCUUCCUUAUCGGCAAGACCUCUUCGCUGAUCAUGACCCUGUGCGGUGUACUGAAGGACAUUCUGCUUGUUGCGGCGUCCAUGAUGCUGUGGAAUACCCCUGUAUCUGGCCUGCAGUUCUUCGGUUAUUCUAUUGCCCUCAUCGGUCUUGUCUACUAUAAGCUCGGUGGUGACCAGAUCCGUGAGUACACGGGCCAGGCUAACCGUCGCUGGGCCGAGUAUGGCCAGUCCCACCCUGCUCGCCGCAAGUUCAUCGUUUUCGGUGCCGCUGCCCUGAUCUCCUUCCUUUUUAUUGGAACCAUGGCCCCCAGUUACGCUCCCAACUCUGUCAAGCAGGUGAAGGGCAUGCUUGGUGGUGCUACUGCUGGUAAUGCCUAG